UAGUAACCACAUCUGCUGUUAUGCAGAAGCUGUCAACUGAGUAUUAUGUUUGUUUAAGUUUGGAGCCAAAUACUACAGAGAAUAUCAAGCGUCCCACAUUUUCCACUUGCAGAACAGGCAUCCAAAAAACAGAUUACCAACCACAUCUUUUGUGAUUUGCGGUAAUCAAACACUCUGCUAUCAUGGCUCACAGGUUAAGUGGUGCAUCAUCAUCUUUAAAUGAAUUAAUCAAAAAAAGCGUCAAAUUGAGUCCAGGCCAACCAGCACUGUACCGACUUUACACAACAAGAAGUGAUCUAAACAAGGAUGGCAAGAUCAGAAAGUGGACAUUUGGACAGAAAUAUGGAAAACCGGAAAACAAAACAGUCCUGAUGGUAGGAGAAACUGGAACAGGCAAGACCACUCUGAUCAACACCAUGGUCAAUUACUUUCUGGGGGUGAGUUUUGAGGACAAAGCGUGGUUUGAAAUCACAGAAGAAGAAAAGAGAGCUCAAACAGAAUCUCAGACAUCAGAAGUCACUGUUUAUGAGAUCAUUUCUGAGGAGAAACUCUCCUCUCUUACCAUCAUUGACACUCCAGGUUAUGAUCAUACCAGGGGAAUAGAUAAGGACACGGAAAUUGCUCGAAACUUACGUGAUUUAUUUCUGCAUGGUACUGGAGUGAAGGAUCUUGAUGCUGUGUGUCUUGUACUGAAGGCAUCUCAGAACAGAAUCUCAGAGAAUCAGCGCUACAUUUUUGAAGCAGUUCUGUCCUUAUUCGGUAAAGACAUAGAGGACAUUAUAGUGCUGUUUAUUACACACUCAGAUGGAGGACGACCAACAAAUGCUCUGGAAGUCGUCAAGGAAGAAAAGAUCCCCUGCUGCUACGAUAAUGAUGAUGAACCUGUUCAUUUUCUUUUCAACAACCGUCAGUCUGAGAAACAGACAAAAAAAUAUGAGCAUGUUCUCAAAUCAUCUUGGGAAAUGGGGGAAAGUAGUAUGGAAGAUUUUUUUGAAUUCCUAAAAUCACGACAGAGAAAAAGCUUAACUAUGACUGUAAGUGUUCUAAAUGAGCGCAUCCAGCUUGAGGCCUGUGUUGAGAGUCUGAAGGAACACAUCAAGUUCAGGGAAGGGAAGCAGAGAGAACUGACUGAAGUUCAGGAUGCUCUGAAACUGAACAAAGAAAUGAUUGAGAAGAAUGAAAAUUUUCCUUUCACUGUCACGACAGUUCACAAAGAGAAAGUCGACAUUACAGAUGAUUCAUGGCGGAACCGAAUGGUGACCUCCUGCAAAAAAUGUGAAAUGAACUGCCAUGAAUAUAAUUGCUGGUUUGCCAGACGUGCCCAGUGGUGUGAAGUUAUUUUACAUAAUCACUGCAUGGUGUGUAAGUGCCCCUACUCCACACAUGUCAGAGAGGGUAAGAAAUAUGUAACAAAGAAGAUGCAAACACAAGUCACAUUUGAAGAACUGAAGAAGAAAUAUAGUAAUAAAAAUCAAAAAGAAGUCACUUAUGAUGAAAUUGCAGUGAAAUAUGUGGAAACAGAGGAUAAAAAAAUCAAAGAAGAGAUGACAAACUUACAAUGCAAGUUGACAACUCUCCUGGCUGAGAAUGAAGAACAGAAGAAGAGCUUGGUGAAAGACGCCUAUAUGACAGUCAUAAAACUGUCUGAGAUCGCGUUAAAACCAGACUCUGCCAUCACCAUUCAGUACCUUGACUUCCUGAUUCCUCGAGUUGAAGAAGUUGGAGCUGCAGGGUGGGCUCAGAGACUGAGGGACAUGCAGAGAGCAGUUAAAGAAUCAACUAACUCUGCAGUGGGGUAUUUAAGGAAAUUGGGGGAUUUCUUUACUAGAAAAUAACAGGAUUUGGCUUUAACACUGUAGUAAUGACACAAGGAGCUCAUAAUCAGAAAUGCAGUAUUUGUAUUUAGCCCAUGAUUCAUUGAAAAGGCAGUGUUUAGAUUACAGUUCCUCUCAGCAGAAUAUUUUCAGAAUGUCCAUUCAUUAAAAAGUCAUGUGCAGCAUGAGGCAAACCUGUAAGACUCUUUGGAAACUGUAAAGUUCUUGUUACAGCAGGAAUAGACUGAUUAACUGAUGUCACAAGUCAAAUGUUUUGCUCAGCAUUACAAAGCUCUUUAUUUAAUGAUACUUUUACUUCAAGUGUAUUUGCGAGGAAAGAAAUAUUUAGCUUUUAUUCAGCUUUCAUUUAAGUUCCACUUUUUAUUCAGUUGCAUUUUAGUGAUUGACAUUUUAUUGUCCAUUCCAGUUUUGUGUUUAUUUUCAUUAUGAAACUUUGGUGACAGCGUCAUUACUGCAUUUUCAUUGGUCACACCUCUGAAUUUGGAGCUUUAGCACUUUAUUUUUUGUAUUUAUUUAUUGUUGUUAAUU